GGGCAAUAUAUGUAGAUGAACAACUGCCCUUCAAAACACACAUCCUCUCUCUAACAUGGCAGAAGAAACACCACAGAUUAAAUGGGAAGGCAAGUCCAUAGUUGAGCUAAAAGGGCCAACAGCAGACCAAAUAUGGCCUCUCUUGGAGGACUUCUGCAAUAUAAACAAAUGGUUUCCAAGUAUAGACGUAUGCAACCAUGUGGAUGGUGAGCUGGGAAAGCCUGGCCUGACUCGGUACUGUGCUUCUAAAACACUAUCAACGUAUGGCAGUUAUGAUGAGGCCGAGGUCCGUUGGGUCAAAGAGAGGCUAUUGAUGAUUAAUCCUACUGAAAAGUGUCUAAGCUACGAGGUCCUUGAAAACAACUCCGGAUUCAAAUCAUAUGUGGCCACCAUGAAGGUAUUGGAAAUUAAUGGAUCAGAUGCAGGUGAAAAUGGGUGCAAGAUCGAGUGGUCUUUCAUUGCUGAUCCAGUUGAAGGGUGGACGUUGGAGGAUUUCAGUUCUUUCAUUAACUUCUGUCUCCAAUCCAUGGGCAAGAACAUGGAACAGGAUGUCCUAUCGGGUUAAGUUUAAUAUCUAUGGUAGGCCUAUUGCUAGUCUUAAUAUCUGUUGUUCUCGUUGAUGGGCUCUUAGCCUGAGGCACAUGGUUUCUACAGGGAAGAAGCCUUUGUCAGAAGAUUGUUGACGUGGAGUACAAUUCAAGGAGAUGAAUGAAUAGCUCAGCUUGAGCAGCAAUUUAUUCGUACCUUUGUACUAUAUAAUGAUGAAUAAAAUCUGUUUUCAG